AUGAAAUCUUUUGUCACGGCCGUUGCGGCUGCCUCCCUCGUCGGGAUGGGCAUGGCCCAGACGAGCCCACGACCCAAGCUGCCCGAACAGCUUGGAAAUAUCGAGCGCAUUCCAACCGAGCAACAGCUCCAAGGUAUCGACCCCAAGGAUGGCCUUGAUGCCUGCCACAAGAUCGACUCUAUCACCUCGGAUGGCUGGCAGUGGCCGUGUGGUAUGCAGCGCAGUUUCGGGCCGCAGCGCUGCGUCCUGAAGGGAGAGACCGACGCUGCCAGAAAGGACCAGCAGAGAUGCAUCUGCGAGUCGAGCACCUUCUUCAAAGAUGCCGAUGCCUGCUUAGACUGCAAGGUGCGCCAUGCCUUGAUCGGAGAUGAGCAAGACGGAUACUACCAACAGCUCUUCGCCAAGCUCCAGGAGACGUACUGCAAAGCCGAGGUGGUGAACAAGAACCUUGGGGAUUACUACAACGAGGCCGAGGCCCUCGUCCGACAGGCCGCCCCGUACAACGGAAAAACGCCAGGUUUCACGGUUCCCUCCAACAAGGUCGAACGUCAGGGACACUCGGCUCAUCCCAGAGACUACUACAGCCGAGUUGGCGCGCCCGAGAAGCAGGGCGAGAUCAACUUCAAGCCCAGCCCCGAGGUCGAGAAGCUGCCUGCCGUCAACAAGACCGUUGUCAACCAAAUCCCCGAUCCCGUCAACGUCCCCGUCAUGGUCAUCGUCGCUCUGGACAACAGCACCGCAGCGCAGACGUCCGUCUUGGCCGCAACCACGACUGCUGGCAAGCCAUUGCAGCCCACUACCUUGGUCCGCGCCACCAGCAUGAACUCUACCACGCGAGCCACGCCAUCUGCCGCUGUCCCUUCGUCCAUCUCUACUGAUGUCUCUUCGUCCAUCUCUACUGAUGUCUCUUCGUCCAUCCCUACUGAUGUCUCUUCGUCCAUCCCCGCCGAUGUCCAGGGCCAAGUCGUCCAGAUUGGUGGCAAGCUCUGCCUGGUCUACGUCUACUUUGCCGCAGUCGAUUGUGUGUACAAGCAGAGCCCCGACGGCAAGACUACCUUUUAUCAGUACAGAAAGGAAAUCAACUGGUUCUAUGGCUUCCAGAUCUCGUCAAACAAGCAGUUCGAUCUGCUCAAGGAGGUCGCCGACGCCUGCCCUGACGGAAACUGCAAGGAGCAAGCCACUGCCAUUGCCAAGUCUAAGAAGGUUGCUGUCAAGGAAGUCGUCAAGAAGGAGACUGUAGUCCCCGGCAAGCCUCAGCAGCUCCCGCCUCCUGAGAAGCCCACUACUGGUGGUAACUCUGGUGUUUCUGGCCACGACACUCCCGUCUCCGACAAUGGCGCUCCUGUCCAGCAGGACGACGGUGGCUGCGGCCCCGAAGAUUCCAACGACACCCCUGAUAAUAUUCCUUCUCAGGGACGUCCUGGUUCUCCCGCCCAGGGCAACACCAAGCCUUCUGGUCCUGUCACUCCCCAGCAGGAUACUCCCUCUGGUCCUGCUGUCUCCUGCAAUGGACCCCAGUGCAGUCCUGUCGUUCCCGAGAAGGAUACUCCCUCUGUUUCUGGCCCCCCCCAGCAGAAUACUCCCUCUGGUCCUACCGGCUCUCCUGGCACUCAGUCCCAGUGCGCCCCUUGCGCUGAUGAACGUAAAGAUGGAACUGAAAUCUGCAGAAAGAAGGAGGAAACCGAGGGCUUUUGCAACAACCAGUCUGGAGCUGCCAAGCGCGACUGCAUCUGUUCAAAGGGAGAUUUCGGAAACAAGUUCUUCUUCAAUGAGGCCAUUACCUGCGCACGACGAUCCGCCAACUGCCUGUUUGCCGAAUUCGAGGCGCAGGUCUUAUUCGAAGCCCAUUUCCAGUACUGCCAGGAGAACAAGCACGAUAGCAUCAGUGCUGCUCUGGAAAGCGUGAAGAACGUGUGGUCUGCAAGGGCCCCACGACAGGAUCUCAUGUAA